UGCAAUUACCCAAAAUAAAUCAGUUUGGUUUAGUAGGCUAUAGAGUGAAACAUUAUCCGUCUCAAAUGUAGAACUUCUCUCUGCUUCAUGGCUACCAUUCGCUUAGUACCCUCCCUUCCUUCAUCUUUUAGAACGCCGACGUUACCUUCGUUGCCGUUCCCAAAAUUCUCGUGCUUUCUCCAGUCCCACUCUCGUGAAAUCCCUCUUCUUUCUUCUUCUUCUUCCUUGUGGCCAGCAAACAAAAGUAAAAGGGUUUUCGCAAUAUUAGCUCUUGUAAAUGAGGAAUCAGUGGUUGCUGAAGAGGUUGACAGGGAGGAGAAUGAGAACGAAAGCGAAGAAGAUGAAUUGGGGCGUCAAUUGAAGAAGCAGCCAAGACCAUGUGAACUAUAUGUGUGUAAUCUUCCAAGGAGCUGUGACAUUGCGGAGCUUGUAGAAUUGUUCAAGCCUUAUGGAACUGUUAUUUCGGUUGAGGUCUCCAGGAACCCUGAAACUGGUAUUAGUCGAGGAUGCGGUUUUGUCACAAUGGGUUCUAUAAAUUCUGCAAAAAAUGCAAUAGCUGCGCUUGAUGGAUCUGAUAUCGGUGGCAGAGAGAUGCGGGUUAAAUUUUCAGUCGAUAUGAAUUCCGGUAGAAGAAAUCCUGAACCACUGAGUUCAGCACCCACAAAAAAUCUCUUUUACGAAAGUCCAUUUAAGGUAUAUGUUGGCAACCUUGCCUGGACAGUAAAACCUGAGGAGCUGAGGGAUCAAUUUAGCAAGUUUGGCACUGUAGUCAGUGCAAGGGUGUUGUAUGAUCGUAAAGCUGGAAAAAACCGUGCCUAUGGCUUUUUAUCCUUUUCCUCUACCAAAGAGCGUGAUGCUGCACUUUCUUUCAAUGGAAAGGAUUUUCGUGGUCGGAUAUUAGUAGUUAGAAAAGGUGUUGAAAGAGAAGACUGAGCCUUGAAGAAAAAUUUUCUUUCUGCAUAUCAGUAAUGGCUAAUGGAGCAACAUCUUUUCUUUAUUAGAAUUAUGGUAGCUUGAGCGUUCUUGGCUCGAAAUUCUUAGGCAGAAGAGUUCUAUAUCAUCCCCAUUUCUACAAAUUCAAAGUUUUGUGUCUUGCACUGAAGUUCAGUUACCCUUGAAAUUUUUAUAGGAGACAAUUUUGAUUUAAAAUACCAUUGCAAACUGAGACGGGCUAUGGUUGAUCCAAUAGAGUUUUAGAUACUCAUUGCUGAAUUCUAGCUAGAUUGGUGAUUGUUAAUUUGCAAGUUUUUGUUAUCCUGUUAUGGUUGCUUAAUUUACUUUCAGUUUGAAAUCA